AAAUCAGAAGCAUUUUUGGCUUUAUGAUAAAUAUGACUUUUUAACAUCUUCUCCGAAGUACACACGUACGUGUCUUUACAUUGAUCGCGAACAAGUCCGAGACUAGGAAGAUGCUUCCGAGAAACUAUUCGCCUUUGGUAUAAUUACCACAACACUGUUUAGAUAUUGGCGCGGUUAUACUACCGACGCGGGUGUUGAAACAGCAUAUGUGUAAACAGCAAUAAAACAUGUAGUGCGGUCCCGGAUAGGUAAUCUCCUCCCCACGAGAGAAUAAACGGGAGUUCCCUCGAACCAGGAUGGAAGACGACGAUGGGCGGAGUUGUGCCAACCUCUAAAUCCUCGUAUCAAAUUAAACAUCCUUCGUUGGAGAACUGGAUGCACCGAAGUUUCGACGAGUCUGUGUCCUAAUCGACGGAGUACCAUCGUAUCCGCUACCUCAUUCGGAUGAUUAUAUCAGUGUAAAUCGUGAUCCUGCCUUAUACCUCAAACGGAGGAACUUCGUAAUAAUACUUGGCAGUAUGAAGAACGUGACAACUUUAACGCAAUUUUAAUUUUGUGAUCUGGAUUACGUACGUAGUGUCUGGCGUGGAUUCUCGAUAAGCGUGCCAUCGCGAAAAAGGACCACGCAAUUACAAGGAAUUACGCAAUUUUUCCAGUUUCUAGCCAUCAAAGUUAUUCUGCAAAACGUAUAACGACGCGUAGUCUUCCUACUCUGGAUGUUCAAAAAAAUUCUCGAUGCAGCCGAACGGUAAUCUCCAAGUACAAAGAGUCUUUGAAGAUGCGAAGAAUCAGGCGUACGAUGUACAUCGACGCGAUGAGUCUUGGUGCGUUUUCUCGAUUGAGAAAAUAUUCCCUGAGGCGUGCACAGUGAGACACGUCUGCGGAUUCACAACCGUUCCGGAAAUGUUGCGAGCUAGCGUUUCCUGGCCGACUUUAUGUCAAGCGUCGCUUUCCUGGCCGAUACCAGCGAUCGGUUACAAGACUAUACCGCACUACGAGAAGCCUCCGUAUUCGUACAUUGCCCUGAUAGCGAUGGCCAUCAAUUCGUCGCCGAAACGACGAUUGACGCUCUCCGGAAUUUACAAGUUCAUCAUGGACAAGUUUCCUUACUACAGGGAGAAUCGGCAGGGUUGGCAAAACAGCAUAAGACAUAAUCUCAGUCUGAACGACUGCUUCGUGAAGAUCCCACGGGACAAGACGAGCGUGGAUCACGAAGAGGAUCACACGGCAGGGAAAGGCAGUUACUGGACGUUGGAUCCAUCCGCCAGCGAGAUGUUCGAACAAGGCAAUUACAGGCGUAGAAGAACGAAGCGACAACGAGCUUUCGCUCAUAGGAAGCAGAAGCCUGCGGAAAUACCGGUGCCAACCGAAUUUUUAUCCAAUUUGACAAAGUACCAAGGGAAAUUUCAGAAACAAUGCAAAUUUAAUGAAAUCAAUGGAGAAAACGUCGCUGUGAGGGAUACUGAAACUGUAUACACGGAUUCUUCAGGAGACAUUACUAAAACUAUGAUGUUUAGCAUCGAUAACAUUUUACGAAAAUCUACGCGAGAUUCGAAAAUAUAAGUCUAUACAUAGCUCUUAUUGAAAUUAUUUUCAUAACUUUGAUAUACUAUUAAUAUAAAUUGAUAUAGUAUUAAUCAGUGAUAUUAAA